UUGCUCAGGAGGCAAUUCAUCUUAUUAGCUCAAGAAACAUGGCAGAGCAGGUCACGGAGAUGAUGAUCAAAGUGGAUCUUCAGUGUUGUCGCUGUUACAAGAAGAUCAGGAAAAUCCUGUGUGAGAUCCCUCAAGUAAAAGAUCGAAUCUUCGACGAGAAACAAAACAAGGUGAAGAUCAAAGUGGUGGGUUGCGAUCCUGAGAAGGUCCGGCAAAAGAUAUGUUGCAAGGGAAGAGAUAUCAUUUUAGGCGUCGACAUCAUACCCCCCGAGCCACCAAAAAAAGAAGAACCAAAAAAAGAAGAACCAAAAAGAGAAGAAAAAAAAGAAGAAGAAAAAAAAGAGGUUAAACCUCCACCGGUGAUAGGUUACCCACCGGUGUAUAUGAUGGGGAAGGUGUAUGUUUGUAUCUCAUGUCAUCAUGGGGGUUGUGGUUGGUUCUGUCCAUGUAACUGUCACUGCGGGGGGCCACCAAUAUGCGCUGAUGGAUGCGGGAGGCCAGCCCACGAGUGCAUAUGCAAGAGGCCACUGGUAUGCGCUGAUGGAUGCGGGAGGCCAGCCCACGAGUGCAGAUGCAAGAGGCCACUGAAAUGCGCUGAUGGAUGCGGGAGGCCACCCCACGAGUGCAUAUGCAAGAGGCCACGGAUGUGCCCUGAUGGAUGCGGGAGGCCACCCCACGAGUGCAGAUGCAAGAGGCCGCCGAUGUGCCAUGAUGGGUGCGGGAGGCGGGCCCACGAGUGCAGUUGCCAGAGGCCACGGAUGUGCGCCGAUGGAUGCGGGAAGCCACCCCACGAGUGCAGAUGCAAGAGGCCGCCGAUGUGCCAUGAUGGGUGCGGGAGGCGGGCCCACGAGUGCAGUUGCCAGAGGCCACGGAUGUGCGCCGAUGGAUGCGGGAAGCCACCCCACGAGUGCAUAUGCAAGAGGCCGCCGAUGUGCCAUGAUGGGUGCGGGAGGCCGGCCCACGAGUGCAGUUGCCAGAGACCUAUUUACCCGCGGUGUUGCGAUCGCUCCAGAUAUGGAAACGCCUCUUCAUCAUGGACCCUGCAUGGCUGUGACUACGGAAGGCCGCCAGUAUGCACCAAUGCCGGUUACGACUGCGACACUUCCUGCACGCUCAUGUGAGGAGAGUUUCGAAGUAUUUGUCAAAAUCAGGUCUUUAUUUCCACAACUUGGUGUUUUUAUGAGAUCUGUCGGAUCACGACAUGGAUCUUCUUCCCGCAAGAUAUUUCCUUUAUUGCCUCAAUAAAUACCAAUUAUUAAGUUAUGAAAAUAAGAUUUUAGCAACAUUUAAUAUUUAUCGAUGCAUUGAGGAAAGCGCAAUACGUAAGAUAUUCCAUUAGAUAUAUGUUGUUGUUGCAUCUUAAUUAUGUGUGGGCAAGAGGGUCGAUAUGCUGUAUUAUGCUUACCAUAGGUUUAAACGUAUUACCCUUUGUAUUACCUAUCACCUACGAUGGUCAUUAAUGUAUUUGCUGAUUUGAUACUUGUAAUAUAUGAUUACGGGUGUAUCAUGGCCGAUAUAGUUUAUUUGGAUAA